AUGGAGUCUACCCACAUUGCUCGAGCCAGCUUCCAGGUUGAUGCUUUUGGAUCAUCUUUCAUCCUAGAUGUGACACUAAACCAUGACCUGCUGUCUUCUGAAUAUCUUGAGAGGCAUAUCGAGCAAGGUGGGAAGACAGUGGAAGUUAAAGGAGGAGAACAUUGCUACUAUCAGGGAGAAAUUCGAGGAAACCCUGUAUCAUUUGUUGCCUUGUCAACAUGCCAUGGAUUACAUGGGAUGUUCUAUGAUGGAAAUCAUACUUACCUUAUUGAGCCAGAUGAAAACUACUCUUCAGAUGAUGACUUCCAUCUCCACUCUGUUUACAAAUCCAAGUUGUUUCAAUUUCCUUCGGAUGACCUGCCAACUGAGUUCUGGCAAACGAAUGCUACGUCACAGAAGUUUGUUGUAAAGCCAAGACACAAAAGAAGUAAAAGGCAGGUUCAUCAGAUUCCACGUAAAAUUGAAGAGGAAACAAAAUACAUUGAGUUAAUGAUUGUAAACGAUCAUCUAAUGUUCAAAAAGCAUCGCUUGUCAGUCGGCCAUACAAACAGCUAUGCUAAAUCAGUUGUGAACAUAGCAGAUCUGAUAUAUCAAGAACAACUUAACACCAGGAUAGUAUUGGUUGCCAUGGAAACCUGGGCUACUGAUAACAAGUUCACCAUAUCUGAAAACCCCUUGGUGACCCUGCGUGAGUUUAUGAAAUAUAGGAGGGAUUUUAUCAGAGAGAAAAGUGACGCAGUUCACCUCUUUUCGGGGAGCCGGUUUCAGAGCAGUCGGAGUGGUGUAGCCCACACUGGUGGAAUCUGCUCCUUGCUGAAAGGCGGAGGUGUGAACGAGUUUGGAAAGCCAGACUUAAUGGCGGUUACCCUGGCACAGACUUUGGCCCAAAACAUUGGCAUUUUCUCAGACAGAAGAAAACUUCUAAGUGGUGAGUGUAAGUGUGAGGACACGUGGUCUGGAUGCAUCAUGGGAGACACGGGGUAUUAUCUUCCAAGCAAGUUCACCAAAUGUGAUAUUGAAGAAUAUCAUGAAUUUUUAAACAGUGGAGGUGGAGCCUGCCUCUUCAAUAAACCAAACAAACUUUUGGAUCCUCCAGAAUGUGGCAAUGGCUUCGUGGAAGAUGGAGAAGAGUGUGACUGUGGGACAAUAGCAGAGUGUGCCAGCGAAGGAGGGGAGUGCUGCAACACCUGCACCCUGACGGCGGGCUCCCAGUGCAGCAACGGGCUCUGCUGUCGCAAGUGCCGGUUUGAGCCUAAAGGAGUUCUGUGCCGAGAAGCAGUGAAUGAUUGUGAUAUUGCAGAGAACUGCACAGGAAAUUCCAGUCAAUGUUCUCCCAAUAUUCAUAAAAUGGAUGGAUAUUCAUGUGAUAACAAGCAGGGUAUUUGUUUUGGAGGAAGAUGUAAAACCAGGGACCGACAGUGUAAAUAUGUCUGGGGUGAAAAAGUGACAGCUGCUGACAGGUACUGCUAUGAGAAGCUGAAUAUUGAAGGGACUGAGAAGGGGAACUGUGGAAGAGAUAAGGACUCUUGGAUACAGUGCAAUAAACAGGAUGUGCUUUGUGGAUACCUCCUGUGCUCCAAUAUAUCCAAUGUGCCCAGACUUGGAGAACUUGAUGGUGAAAUCACAUCAUCAGUCUUGCAGUUUGGAAAAGUUUACAAUUGCAGUGGUGGCCAUGUGAAGCUCGAUGAGGACACAGACCUGGGCUAUGUGGAGAAUGGGACGCCAUGUGGGCCGAACAUGGUGUGCCUUGAGCAUCGCUGCCUCCCCACAGAGGCCUUCAACUUCAGUACCUGCCCAGGCACCACAGACACUCAAAUUUGUUCAGGACACGGUGUUUGUAGCAAUGAAAUAAAGUGUGUCUGUGACCGAUUCUGGGGAGGAGAUGACUGCAGUUCUCGCAUCAAAGACGAUAUGUUUUUUGAUAAAGAUGCCAUCAAUAAAGGUGUUGUUAGCACAAAUAUAAUAAUAGGGGCUAUUGCUGGCACCAUUUUAGUGUUGGCUCUCGUUUUAGGAAUAACUGGUUGGGGUUACAAAAACUACAGAAGACAGAGACAAAUACCCCAGGGAGAUUAUGUAAAAAAGCCUGGAGAGGCCGACUCUUUUUAUAGCGACAUGCCUCCUGGAGUCAGCACAAACUCUGCGUCUAGUUCUAAGAAGAGGUCUGCUUUUCUGUCGCAUUUUCAGAUUUCUACCUGUUCCAUCACCCAUUAUUCCAUUAGUCAGAACAUUUCAUUGUUUUGCAGCAGGUCAAAUGGAUUAUCUCAUUCCUGGAGUGAAAGGAUCCCAGACACAAAACAUAUUUCAGACAUUUGUGAAAAUGGGAGGCCUAGGAGUAAUUCUUGGCAAGGUAAUAUAGGAGGAAACAGAAAGAAAGUCAGAGGCAAAAGAUUUAGGCCACGGUCUAAUUCAACUGACAGGGUAACCCAUGCAUCUGAGCCUGGGCUUUCUCUCGCCCACCAAAUCCCGGCCCAAGGCAUAAGCCCAGGGGGUUCUGAGCACCCCCAAACAGGGAGUCGGGAUCACAGGUAUUUAAACCCAUGGUUCAAAAGAGAAUAUAAUGUAGCUAAGUGGGUAGAAGAUGUGAAUAAAAACACUGAAGGACCAUACUUUAGGACACUGUCUCCUGCAAAGUCUCCAUCUUCCUCCACUGGAUCUAUUGCUUCCAGCAGAAAAUACCCUUACCCGAUGCCACCGCUUCCUGAUGAGGAGAAAAAAGCCAACAGGCAAAGUGCCAGGUUAUGGGAGACAUCCAUCUAGCUGCACUGCUUUCCUGGGGUGACAUCAGAACUGUUUACUUCGAAUUUUAUGGAAACUCAGUGCCGCUGAGUCAUUGCACAUUCAUCUGCUCUUCAGACAAUUGGAAAGAUCAACAGAGACGCCCGUGAUCACAGUGAGAACCUCCUCUCAUCUGGAAGGGAAAAAAGCAGUCCUAUUUUUUCUUUAUUCCUUUUUUUUUUUUGCUGACUAGUAUUUUAUGGAUGUGAUGAACAACCGGAAUCGUGGCAGGGGAUAAUGAGCCCGGAGGUGAGAAGGCUGUUCUGCACGAUGAGAGAUGCUCCUCCCCAGAGCCCCAGCUGCAGCCCGGUUGCCAGUCCCACCAGGGAGAGGUUUGUCCUCUGGUUUAUUGCAGCCCCGAGUCAGAGCAGGACGGAGCGGGGAGCUCCCGGAGAGCCCACCUGAUGUAAACCUGUACGCUGUAUGCAUGAACCUUCUGUUCUUUGCUUUCCACAUGUAAGGGAUAAACAACAUACUGUAAUAGAAAUUAGCAUGCAGGAAUAAGAAAUAUAGGAAUUUUUUGUGACAGGAUUUCAAACUUUGAAAGGCAACUAUUUGACACAAAUGUCAAACAAACAAGGAUUAUAUAUAUAUUUUUUUUUUUUACCUUAUAUGUUUAUAAUCUCAGUAUACAGAUUGUAUAUAUGUAAACAUUUGAUAAUGUCAAAAAUAGCUGUUAUACAUAAGUGUAUUUUGCCAAAUGCCUAAAGAAACAGUCAUGACUAACAUCAUCACACUCCAGAUUUUCUAAUAUUACAAGUAGGUAUCUUUGGAAAUACAGAAAGUACAGUACUGUAAACCCGUGUGUCUCAGAAACUGGUGUUUGACCCAAAUCUAUACGAUCUUCUCGGUAUCUUACACCGUCUGGACAAUCUCAAUUGCAUGGUAGGUGGCAGGAACCAGGACAGCAGCACCUUGUCUUAAACCAUCGUGAGAGGAACCGGCCCCAAUCGGUUUCCAGUGAGGUGACCGGUGCGUCCUCUCACCAGGAAUGACUCAGCAGACAACAGAGUCUCUGAGUAAUGAGCAGUCCCAGCUUCCUAGACAUUUCGGAAUGCUUCUAAGCCAUCAGCUCAGGAUGUGGUGAUGUGAAGUCCUUCUGGUGGGAGUCACUGUGUGUUUCCAAUAGGGCAUUUGGGAGACUGUUUCAGAGGGGGAGGCGCAGCUUUACGAGCAGCAGAACGAUUUCACUGCGCUGGAUAAUCCCUGCCCAGGGCAAGGGGCCACUUUGAUUGCUGUCUCUUCUUGGUGACUGGAGUUGCCUUCCCCGCGCGUUGGGAUGCCGUGCUGGCUGCCCCCGAAGCCCCCUUAGCAAUUCUGGGGGCGUUAAACUGAGCACAAGUGAAUUUAGCCUGAGGAACCGAGGGAGGGGAAAACAAACCCUUUGCCGUGGAGCUGUUAGUCUGGUGUAUAAGGGAUGGUUAGAUUGCUAACACCGGAGACUCCUGAAAGUUGUUAUAAAGCAAACACCCUUUGAUUGGGAGUUUUCAGUCAGUAAGAAACUGGACCCUAUUAAUUCAGAAUUUAUAAUUCUCCAGUUUUCUGAAAUUGACUGUUUAUUAGCUUUGGGUAGUAGCUUUGCAGAGCAAACCACCUGACUGUGUGUGGUGCAGCUGAACACCUUGCCCAACAGCCACGUGGUCAAUUAGAUAUUAUUGUGAUGGGAACAUCUACGGUGUUUCUGAAUCUUCUACCUCUUUCAUGUAUUUCCUUUAGUAAUUGAACCCGACACUUGCAGCCUUUUAAUAUAUUUUUUUAACUUUUAAGUCUCGCGAUAAAGUCAAAUAUAUGUAAGAGUAAAUUAAGAAAUGUUUAAAGAUGUCAUCAGCUGUAAAGUAUGUAAGAUUUUUAGAAACGCUAUAUUUUAUGUAUUAGAUUAUGACAAAAUAUUGGCCUUGGAGUUCAAAUGAUUUUCCUUCCCAGUCAACAGGUUUUGGUAAGUAUUUUGGAGAAGGACAAAGAGGAGUGAGUACAAGUAGAAGCAGACAGACCAUCUGGAAGGAGCCGGUCACUUGAGAUAGCUUUAGGAAAAGAUUCUGCACUUUUGUGAAGAGUAAAUAUCCAUCAGCACUGAAGAAUAUUUUUUUGCAAAGAUUUAUUCAGAGUGUAGGUAACUGGAUUAAAGGUAGUUGGCAGCACGUAGCUCAUGAAAUUAGGGCCUGGGCCAUAACUGCUGGAAAUUGAUAUGGUUUUUAUUGGCUUCACUGGAAUUUGAGCAGGACCCUGAGGAGUUCACCCACGUUAGGACAUGAUGCUGAGCUGCCCGCGGCUCUGUCACCCUGUGGAAGCUGCUUUUCCCUCACGUAUUAGUAUCUUGUCGUUAGUAACUGCACUGCUCAUCAGGUGCCUUUUCUGGUGUUUGUUUGGAAACAGACUGGCAUGUAAUUUCAAAUAAUCCUGUUAGAUUUCUGUGCGUGUUUUAUGUUUAGCACUGUUUACUCUUCCCUUUCCAUUUUGCCUUAUCAAGAAGCAGCAAGAUUUGAUUUGACUGAACCGGGUGGGACCUGCUGGCUCUCUGUGUGGUGUGUGUAGCUGCUGCUUUUGCAAACACAUGGCUCUCCUGGCUGUAUUUUCCACGCAGUGUGUACUUACAGCUUCUCUCUUGUUUUGGUGUAAUUCAUUUGUAGCGUACGAUGGUGCAGUUCUGUGUGUAGUGUAACCCUUAACAAUCACUGGCACAUUUGGAGAUAUGUAGUGACUGGAAGUCUAGUUUUGAGCACUAAGUUUAAGUUAAAUAAAUAUUUACUUUCACGUU